UCUCUCUCUCUUUAUAUAAUAUAUAUAUAUAUAGUAUUUUUGAAAGAAAUAUUUCAUUUUUUUGUACAGUUAUCAUCAACUACAAUAAUCUUUGUUAUGAUGUACAUUAAUACUGUAUAUACUCUAUUUUGUCUCUGAUUCAGGCAUGGUGCAAAAGCUGGACCAAAAGUUGCCUGUCGCAAAUGAGUACCUACUGUUGUCUGGUGGUGUGCGAGAAGGUGUGGUGGACAUGGAUCUUGAUGAACUUGGCAUCUAUAACCGUGGCUCUGACUAUGACAUGGCCUUCACCCUGUUGGUUCCUGCACUGAAGCUGCACGACCGGAACCAGCCUGUCACACUGGACAUGCGCCACUCAGCACUGGGUCACUCUUGGCUCAGCUUGCGACUUUUUGACGAUGGUACCAUUAACCGUUGGCGGGACUGCUGCACACUGACUGACCAUCUGAAUGGCACCACCAACUACUUCUUCUCACCCACACUGGUAGCUGACUGGUUUCAUGAAGCUGUUGGACUGGUGCUGGCAGAGUUACAGCGCAAGCCACAAAGGGGCACCCCGAGGGUGGAGCGGGUUGAGCGUCACAGCACAAUGCUGUCUAUGAUUUUAGGUGUGGGCAGCAGCCGCAUGCUUUAUGACAUUGUUCCUGUGGUGUCUUUUAAAGGCUGGCCAGCGGUUGCUCAGAGCUGGCUGAUGGAGAACCACUUCUGGGAUGGCAAAAUCACAGAGGAGGAGGUUAUCAGCGGCUUUUAUCUGCUGCCUGCCUGCUCAGCCUCUGGUUGCCAGGAAAAUGAGUGGCGUCUUUCUUUCGCCCGCAGCGAGGUGCAGUUGAAAAAGUGCAUUUCACCAGGCCUCAUGCAAGCUUACCAGGCAUGCAAGGCGAUUGUUGUCAAGCUUCUAGCCCAACCCACAGCUAUCAGUCCUUACUGCUUACGCAGCAUCAUGUUGUGGGCCUGUGACCGACUACCUGCAAGCUAUUUGUCACAGGAAGACUAUGCUGCGCACUUCCUGCUAGGUCUCAUUGAUGACCUGCAGCACUGCCUUGUCAACAAAACCUGCCCUAACUAUUUCAUCCCGCAGUGUAACUUGUUGGAGCACUUGUGUGAUGAAACCACCAUAUUUCAUGCCCGUAAGCUAGCACUGGUACGCUCAGAGCCGGUUGAACACCUACGCUCCAUCAUCGAACAAACUAAGGCGGCCAACAGACUGACACUGGAGAUGCAGCGUCGCGGGAGUACCUCAGGACUUCCCUCUCCGCUGGCAGAUCCUUCCUCAGUAGAUCACCAGCAGACAGACGACCGCUUGGCCAAGAAGCUACAGCAGUUGGUAACUGAGAAUCCAGGCAAGUCCAUCUCGGUGUUCAUCAACCCUGACGAUGUCACACGACCUCACUUCCGUAUUGAUGACAAGUUCUUCUAAAAACGAAGGUCUAUUUUCACUGCUCUGAUGGCUGAACCAAUGGGAUGUGUAUGACACCGUUGAUAAACUGGAGCUGUGUCCUUGUGCCUGCGUACAUCAGAUUGGAGAGGAUCUUUUGGAGGAAAUGUACUGCAACAGUUCUGGCCUUACUGAGUGGAAAAUCCCAACCAUUUGCACCUUCAAAUAGUGGAUUUCAUAUCAUGAUGACUCUGAGAAGAAGAGCUGUGUAAGUCUAGCAUAUUCUUGACAACGAUUUACAUAUGGAAUAUGGAAAUAUAGUAUAUGUCUUCUAGGUGGUAUUGUUAUUCUGAUGAAAAGCCUAAUGUAACAAACUAUAGAAUCAAACAUUCAUUUUCUCAUGUUUUGCAUCUGUGCUGACUGAGAUGACAUUUCCAUAUAUCACCUCUUUAUGUUUGUGGGCAAUUAACAUACCUUGUAGGAAACAACAGAAAAAUAUAUGUUAAUGAAAGCCAAACCUUUUCUAUCUAUAGGCAAUUAAAAUCAUAUUCCAUAAGUGCAAUUAAAAGAAUGUACAUUUAUGCCCAGUUGUCUACACUAGGCGUGACUUUUGUCGCGUUGCAUCGCGACAGCUAAAAGCUGUCUACGCUGAACGCGACAAACUGACCGUUGCAAAGCACUUAGACUAUGUCAGAAAUAGAAUGGGGAAUUUGUUUUGUCACGUCACGUUGCAUCCAGUGUAGACAAUAUCACUGAUUAUAAUGGGUUCUAUUGUCUUUUGACGCAUCACAUCCGGUGUAGACACUGUGUUAGAGUGAGGUUCUUGUAUUGACAAAAAUUUUCAACUACAGCAGGGGUAGCUAACGUCGGUCCUGGAGAGCCACAGUCCUGCAGAGUUCAGCUCCAACCCUAAUCAAACAUACGUGAACAAGCUAAUCAAGGUCUGAAGGGUUACCAGAAAGCUAUAGGCAGGUGAGUUUUUAAUGAGGGUUGGAGCUAAACUCUGCAGGACUGAGAUUCUCCGGGCCCGACGUUCGCCACCCCUGAACUAUAGCAAUGCGGAAUUGUCUGAAGCUUUUGCUGCUAUUGGGGAUUAAAAGGAUGUUUUGUUUUUUGAAAAUGAAUUAAUGAAAGUGACUAGUAGCUAUCCAAUAUAAGCCCACUUAUCACUAAUGUUAAAGAGAUAGUUCACCCAAAAAAGAACAUUUCUUUGUUCUGCUGAACACAGUUGUAGGGCACCAUUGACUUACAUAGUAUUUUUUUUUCUCCAUACUAUGGAAGUCAAUGGUACCUUACAACUCUUUAGUUACAAAUAUUCUUCAAAAUAUCUUCCUUUGUGUUCAGCAGAACACAAUAUAACACAGUAUAUUUAUACAGGUUUGGAACAACUUGAGGGUGAGGAAAUGACAGAAUUUUCAUUUUUGGUUGAACCAUCCCUUUAAUAGUGUCUCAAACAAACAAAUAAACAAACAAACAAAAAAAAAAUACAGAGAAGAACUAUUCCUUCAAUGGUGUCUCAAACAAAAAUAUGAAAAAUUUGUAGCUUGUACUGCUCCUCAAAAAAAAUCUAGCUUGCCUGUGUUGUUCCUCCAGUAAAUAAAGAAUUGUACAUUGUACACAGCUGUGUUGUUUUGGAACUUUUCUUGGUCAAAAUCAGUCAUUUAAAAUUGUUUUUGCAGAAUGUAAAUGAUUGCAUACAAAAAUAAUACAUAACACAAUCAAUAUUUGAAAUCAUAUUAUAUAUUUAGACAAAAAAGGUGUUAGAGCAUGUUUGAGCUGUGCUGUAAGCAUAGGAAGGAAUCAUAUGCAUCAUGGAAGUGCAAUUUAUAUUGUAACGAUCGGCCCAAUAGGUCAAUUUUACAUGGAUUAAAAUGGGGUCAGAUUAAACUGUGCGAGAGGUUAUGAGUGUUUAAACAGAUGAGACAGACAACAGAAAUAAAUAAAUAAAGUGUAUUUACAAUUUCCACAUGGAACUUAAAACAACACAAUAAAACUUGAAAAAC